UUCGUUUCUUCCUCCAAAUUAGUUGGAGUUGGAAACAACGAUGGGAGCAAUUAGUUUAUUACAGCAUUUUUUUGUUUUUGUCUUUAUUCAGUGUAUUUACUGUGAUGAGAUUUUUGAAUCGGAUUUGGGCGAAGACAUGAAAAUUGGUUUGGCCGAUGGUGGAUACCAGAGCGUGAAAUUGAAAUGUGGUUCAGAUUCGAUGCAUGUAAACUUAUUGACUGACGAAGACUUCGCCGGUGUAAUUUACACUAGAGGUAGUUUCUAUGAUAGAGACACUUCUUGCUUCCUUGAUCCAGGAUAUAGAAUUGGUCAGAGAAGCUUCAACAUGAACUUCAGUCUGGAUGACUGUAAAACGAAGAAAAAUGGAGAAGUUUAUACAAAUGUUCUGGUGUUACAACAUGAUAAAGAGUUGAUAAUGCCAGGAGAUGCAGCUUUCAGUCUAGAGUGCGAUUUCAAUAAGCCAAGAGACAUUACAGUUAGCGCAAAUUUGCACAACCAACCUAGGUCUGUGAUAUCUAGAAUAAGUCUAACGGAUGCGGAUCCCGGUGCUAAACACAAGAGAGCCAAACGAUCUACGAUCGAGAGCGAAGAUGAUGCGGCCGAAAUAACUCCAGAGAAAGUGAAAAGUAUGAGUAAGACAGAGUUAUAAAAGUCUUCGCAUUGUAUGAGUAACUUAUUUUUGCAGACUGUUCGUAAGCUACGUAAAUUAAAAUAAAAAUUAUACCUUUAUUCUUAAUUUUAUUUGAGCACUAACCCUCCUCCCAUUAACCGUUAUAAAAGUUUUAUAUAAAAAUGUAAAGCAGCAAAAAACAGGAAAAUGCACGAACGAAAGGAACGGAUGU